UGAAAACCCCUGCACGCCCAUAUUCUCCGUUGGCUCCGUAAAUUCUGCCAGAGGAUGGAUGAUAUGCUCGGAGAAGGACAAAUACGGAGGUCAUGUCGGUACCACCGGAGAUCAAACCAGUACGCGGAAAGGCCGGUCCGGGGCAGCGAGGCAGGAUCCGAGGUCGGGCCCGUCCGGCAGAAAGGACUCGUAGAAAACCAGAGAAAGGAGCCAGUAUUCAAGUGGGCUCCGACGUCCCUAUGUGCUGUGAUGGUAAAAACCAUCUUUAUUGUUAUUCCAUCAGCUGUUUUUACAAAAAGCAAAAUCAUCCCUUUUUGGAAUUAUCAAUCUUUUUAUAGAAAAAGUUCAUUAACUCUUUACCUUGAAUCUUACUCUAAUGCAUUUAAAAAUAUAAAAACCAAUACGGACAUGCAUGAAGUGGUUCAGAGAAAAUGUGAGAAGCACUCCACCGCAAAAAAAAGCCUUCAGCCAAUAAAAAUAGAACUUUUCUCCUGCUAUGAGACUUAAUUAAUUCUUCAAUUUUUUCCAAUUUUGCUCUUUGAUUUUCAGUUGAAGCUAAAAUGUUACGGUGAAUUCUAUGUGAUUAGGUUGUGAUAUAUUAAUUCUAAAAUUGGAGCAUCAACUCUGCGGUUUUAAGAUAUUGCUGGAUAAAUUGAUGAAGAUGAAACAAUUUCUUUAAACAGACCAGUCAAUUCUGUAAUGGUUUGUAAGAUGGAGAGUAUAGCAAGUCCCGUUCAAGAUUCUGAUACACUGGAUCUGAGUAAUCAGGAACUAGAGAAAAUAACCAGGGCUACUCCGCAACUGGUUCUAAACACAACAACAUUACUGCUGGACAACAACAAUCUUUCUAGACUUGACAACAUUCAUACCUAUCAAUGCUUGGAAAAGUUAUCAGUGGCUGGGAACAAACUGGUGAGGAUGUUUCAAGUUUGUAAACUGCAACAUCUUAAAGUUCUGGAUAUGUCUAAGAACAGUAUUGUAUCCAUAGAAGGACUGAAGGAGAUCAAAUUACUCUCUUGGCUCAGUUUGUCUGAAAAUAAUAUAAAAAGUUUGGAGCACCUGAAUCACAAUAUCCAUCUAGAACACGUAGACAUCUCAGCUAAUCAGGUAUUAAACUUAAAGGGAGUGUUCGCGAAAAAUGAAAGGGGGUAUAGGCUUAAUGCGAUAAAAAAGCGCUUUUGA